UAGUGAGUCCGCUGAGGUUGUGGGCCCGCCGACUUGGCACAUCUGACAUAUAACAGAGUAAGAGAAGAGAGGCCAAGGGAUAUUUGAAAGCUGUUGAGAAGAACACCAUGAAACCACUGUGGCUGACACCAGAGUAAAGGGCUAUCGCGAGCAGAUGGAACCACAAGAAACCCGAUGCGGCAAGGACCACCUCCUGACACCUCCGUUGUGUUUCCAGCCCUGUGACAUCUAGAUGUGCACCUGCAGAACUGGGAGACAAUAAAUUUCUGUGUGGAUUGUGGACCAUGGCCAAUUUUACCAAGGGAGGUUUCUCUAUGGGAGAUUAUCCCUUGCUGGAGGAUUGCCCUGACGACGACGAGUGUGCCUUUGCUUCUGAAUUUGUGAGGGCCAAUUACAAUCACGUGACUCAGGUUUACUCCGAUGGAGUGGAUGCACAGAAUAAAAAAUGUGCCCAAACAGAGAAAAAUUUAGAAGAAUUUGACAUCUGCAGUGUGUGGUGUAGUAAACCAGUGUCUGACCUGCACGACUACUGUGAUGCCAUUAAGAUAUAUAUCUUCUGGCCACUUCUUUUUAAACAUCAGCCCACUUCUGCAAUACCACGAUUUCAUCAGUGUGUGGAGCUCAGCAAUUCUCAUCCUUCUGAGAUAAAUUUGAGAAAAUUACAAUGUCUUGAGUUGAUGGAAGAUAUUGUGGAUUUGGCAAAAAAAUUUUCGAAUGAUUCGUUCCUUAUUGAAGGCUUAUUGAAAGUUGGUUAUAAAAUAGAGAAUAAAAUGUUGGCAAUGGAAGAAGCCUUAAAUUGGAUAAAAUACACAGGCGAUGCAACAAUUCUACCUAAAUUAGGAUCAAUUGAUAGUAGUUGGCCUUUGUUAAGUAUUUUCUUUACUGAAUACAAAUAUUACAUAACUAAAGUUGUAAUGGGAAGCUGCGAUUUACUUGAAGAACUUAGAAGUCAAAAUUGUGCUCGUUGUAUGGAGCAAGGAGAGCUCAUGAAAAUCAAAGGAAAUGAAGAAUUUUCCAAAGAAAGAUUUGAUAUAGCUAUUAUCUAUUACACCAGAGCCAUUGAAUAUAGACCUGACAACCACUUUCUUUAUGGUAACCGAGCUCUUUGUUUUCUUCGUACUGGACAGUUAAGAAAUGCACUUGGUGAUGGAAAGAGAGCCACUAUUCUGAAGUGCUCCUGGCCAAAGGGUCAUUAUCGUUAUUGUACUGCUCUUUCUCUGCUGGGAGAAUAUGACUGGGCCCUGCAAGCAAACAUAAAAGCUCAGAAACUCUGUAAAAAUGACCGUGAGGGAAUCAAGGAUCUAAUUCAGCAGCAUGUAAAGUUACAAAAACAAAUAGAAGACCUGCAAGGUCGUACACGAAAUAAGAAUCCAAUUAAAGCCUUUUAUGAAAGAAGGUCCCAAGCAACUAGGAAUUCACGAGCACCAGCUUUUAGCACAUCACUGAGCUUUGUGGAGAGGGGAAGAGACUGCAGAAAAGCCAACCAGGAAAUGGCGUAUGGUGGUAGCCAGAACAUGAUGGCCGUAUAUCAGGCUUCAGGAUUCGAUGAUUGUUACUGCCUGCAGUCGGAAUUUGUACGAUCACCAAGUAAUCCUCCAAGACAUAGAGGAAGACAUAAAUCCCGAAACAAUGACUCAGAGAACGUGAACUCUAAUUCAGAGUUGGCAAUAGAUUGGAAAAAGCUGUUGGAGAGAGAGUUUUCUAAAACUUCCAGAGCUGCUCAGCAGGAUUUUGCUAAUGUUAUGAAAAUGCUGAGAAGCUUAAUUCAAGAUGGUUACACUGCCUUGGUGGACCACCGUUGCCGCAGCGCCGCACAAUCCUUUUCAGAGUUGCUUAACGGCUUAGAUCCCCAAAAAAUAAAGCAACUGGACCUGGCUAUGAUUAACUAUGUAUUAGUAGUCUACGGACUUGCUAUGUCUCUCCUCGGAAUAGGACGAUCUGAGGAAUUAUAUGAAGCUGAAAACCAGUUUAAAAGGAUUCUUCAAUUCUAUCCCAACGAGGGACUUGACUCUUUGGCUUACUGUGGAAUUGGAAAAGUAUAUUUGAAGAAAAACAGAUAUCAAGAAGCUCUCACUCACUUUGAGAAAGCAAAAGACCUGAUCUAUCGUCUCCCUGGGGUGUUAAGUUGGCCCACAACUAAUGCGGUUAUUGAAGAGUCUCAGCCAAAUAGAAUAAAGAUGAUCUUAGAGAAAUUUGUUGAAGAAUGCAAGUUCCCUCCAGUGCCAGAUGCCAUUUGCUCUUACCAGAAGUGCCUUGGGCUUUCCAAAAUCCAAAUAUAUGUGACCGAUCCUGACUUCAAGGGUUUUAUACGAAUCAGCUGCUGCCAGUACUGUAAAAUUGAAUUUCAUAUCAACUGCUGGAAGAAGUUAAAAGCAACAACCUUCAAUGAUAAAAUUGACAAGGAUUUCCUGCAAGGAGUUUGUCUUACCCCUGACUGUGAAGGUAUCAUUUCUAAGAUUAUCAUCUUUAGCCGUGGUGGUCGUGUUAAAUGCGAAUUUGAACACAAGGUCAUUAAAGAAAAGGUUCCUCCAAGACCUAUUCUGAAACAGAAAUGUUCUAGCCUAGAGAAGCUCAAACUGAAAGAAGACAAAAAAAUGAAGCGAAAGAUCCAGAAACAAGAAGCAAAAAAAUUAGCACAAGAAAAAAGAGAAGAGGACUUAAAAGAAAGUAAUCCACCCAAAAAAGAACAGCAGAAAGAAACUGCUAAGAAUGUUCAGAGUUAUCCCUUCCUUGAUGACCGAAUUCUACACUGCCUGAAGCAGUACUCUGACAAAAUUCAGGCCGGUGUACCAGACCCUAACAAGAUUCUCAAAGAAUUGAUUUCAUGGAAAGUUUGGACCACAGAAGACUAUGUAACGUGCUUCUCUAACAAAAAUUAUCUCAGCGAAGCAGUGGACUAUGUCAUUAAUUACUUGAUUCAAGCAAGGAAUAGAGUGAAUACAAGGAUAUUUCUACACAUCCUGUGUGAGCUUGAAGAGGUGGAGCCUACAGCAGCCAGCUGGCUCCAGAAGCUUGAUGGCUUUGGCUUAGACGCCGCAGGAACUUUUUUUGCUCGAUAUGGAUCAUUGCUUAAGGACCUUGAUUUUACCAUCAUGGCUUUCCUCUGGAAGGAGAAAUAUGGUGAUAAAGUCGACGCUAUAGAUGGGAAGACGCUUGAAUAUUUCUGCGAGCCCACAUCACUGAAGGAAGCACGUUUUUUAAUAUGGCUUCUGGAAGAUCACAGAGAGAGGUUCCCAGCACUGCACAGUGCUCUGGAUGAAUUCUUUGAUAUAAUGGACAGCCGCUGUACUGUAUUAAGGAAACAAGACAAUGAAGUGCCGAUCACUUCUACCAAGACAAAGAACAAAGGCAAGAAGAAAAGGCUGAAAGAUACAAAGCUGAUGUUAAUUGGGUCCGUAACAUCUUCAUUAGCACCAAAUAAUGAGACUUCACGUCAAGACUCUAACAGACGCAAGGGCGACCCCACUGGCCCAUUCGCAGUGCCUGAGCACCUGCGGCAGGAAAUAGAAGAGUUUGAAGCUCUCUACGCACAGAAGCACGCUAACGAUCAUUUGACUCAGUAUGUGGAAGACACUGAGCCUGUGCAAAUAGGGAACAAGAUAAUAACUGAAGAAUAUGAGUUCUUCCCAGAAGAAACUCGAAAGAUACUAGAACAAUCCGGAAGCUUAAAGUCUUUUCUCCUGGGAUGUCCACAUUUUGUUGUGAUUGACAACUGUAUUGCAUUGAGGAAGGUUACAUUACGGCUCAAGAAACGAAGAAAGAAGAGAAACAUGAAAGCAAGAGCAGAAGAGAUUUCAAAACUAGAAGAGAGUUUACGAGCUAAACUAUUGCCGAACCAAGCUGCUGGCGGCCCUCAGCCAGAUGGACAGUCCAGCCCAGUGCCUGACACAGCUCCAGCACCAGAUCUGAAGGACGCAGAGCCCAAGGACGUGGAGCCCAAGGAUGCAGAGCCCAAGGAUGCGGAGCCUAAGGACGCAGAGCCCAAGGACGCGGAGCCCAAGGACACAGAGCCCAAGGACGCAGAGCCCAAGGACGUGGAGGCCAGGGAUGGGUCUGCUGACCCCCUAGGUCCCAUCUAUGAAGACAAGAAGCUCAAGUCUGGGCCUGAGAGUUCUACCAAUCCAGUUUCUGCAGCUGUGAAAUCUGACGGGGUCUCUUGUGAUUCUCCCAAGCCACUGCCUAAGGCUGCAACACCAACUUAUUGGGCUCAGUCACACAUGGUCACAACAUUCUGCACCUACCUUCCCUUCCAGGGAUUUGGAAUCAGCCAGACUCCACCAGCGUACAUGAACGUGCUGCCAGGCUUGCCCCGGUACACCAACAUCUACACGCCAUUGGCCGGCAUCUCCUCUGAUUACCAGCGGCAAAGGGCAAUAGUCCCACUGGUGCCACCUUUUUUUGCCAAUGACAGACUGAAGAAAAAUGCUCUUUUGUACUUUAAGGACCCUAAUUUGAAUGCUGAGAAGUCUGCUGGUAAACCGAUCACCUCUGAAACACGGAUCCCUGAGAACUCUGGCAUAAGAUCUGGAAAGUCACAGAGUGACCCAAAUAAGACUCACACAAGCUCAGACAGCAGAUGCAAAGUCCCUGCAGAAAGUACCCUAUAUACACAGGAUGCUGUUGUACAGGUGGCUUGGCCCAGAGAACACCAGGAAGUCAACACUGAGCCGUACUUUCCUGUGGAGGUGCAGCAGGGGGAUAUUUCACAGAUUGAAAGGGAAUACUAUGUCUUACAAGAGCAACUUAAAGAAGCAUGUGAAAACUAUGAGCAAAUAAAACUCAUCAGCUUUGAAGAGAUUAGGAACAUGGAAGAAAAGCUAAAAAAGAAUCUACAAGAAAACAAGAUCUCAGAGACAGAAUUAGAUUGGUUCAUCCAGGAUUUGGAAGCAGAAGUUACAAACUGGGAACAAGAGAAAAAGGAAAUCCAAGACAGACUAAAAACAAUGAAGAAGAAAGUUAAAAAGGUUUGGAAUGCCAGUGAAAUUCGCGCAUUUAUAAAUGAGAGGAUGCAAAUGGAAAAUGGCAGAGGAGGAGAACUUUAUGAAGAGAGUCACCAGAGAGCGCUGUUUGCAGAGGUAUCUGUGCUUGAAAACUGGAAGGAGAGUGAAAUAUAUAAGUUGCAGAGCAUGGCGUCAAAAGCCGAAGCCUACCUUAAGAGCCUCAGGAGCAGUGAUUCUGCGACAUAUCCCAACAAGGAAUCUGAUAUACAUUCAUGGGAGUCAUUUAUUUCUAAUGUUGCAAAAGAAAUUAUAAAAGCAAAGUCUCAAUUUGAAGACCAAAUUAGAGCAAUUAAAAAUGGGUCUCGGCUCCGGGAUCUUCCUCAAGUGCGGGUUUCGGAGCUUUCCUUUCCUGCCUGUAAAGUGGUCCGUCCUCAGUUAGCAGCCACACGCUCAAGCCCUGAGAGCCAGGGGCCUGGGGCUUCUGCGAGCAGCGCCCCUGCACUUGGGGCCAGCCACAAGGAGGAUUGUCCAAAAGAGGUCCCUUCUACACUGGCACCCUCUGCUCAGCUGAAAGUGGCUCCACCCGCAGAGCCUAAGAAGGCUGGCCAAGCAGCUCCUUCAGUCCCGAGCCCUGAGGUAGAUCAGACACAGCCUGUUCCUGCAGGCCCCACAACUCGCCUCAACCAGAAUACAAGGAAACUGGUACACGCUAUUAUUGAGCGACUGUCUGCGAUAUUCCCUUGCUACAACAGCACCGAGCUUGCUGUUUUUAUUAAGGAAGUUGGAAGCAAGAACAACAACACCUUUGUAGGACUGAGUGUUAAUGAUAUCAUCCAAAGAGUGAUAGAGCACAUUCUAGAUGAACAGAAAGAGGAAAAGCCAAAUCCCGAAAAGGACAAAGGGACACCCAGGGCCCGCCCUGCUGCUGCUGCUGCUGCAGGUGCUGCUGCUGCUGCAGGUGCUGCUGCUGCUGCAGGUGCUGCUGCUGCUGCAGGUGCUGCUGCUGCUGCUGCUGCAACCACGUCCUCCCGGAGUCCAUUCCCAGUGACCACUCGGCCAUCGACCACAACCAACCGACAGAAGCCAGAAGCUUUCCCUGUACAGAUGCAGUGCCAGGGGUCCAGAGCAGGGAAGGAACCGCAGACCCCGCAGCAUUGGCAGCAGGCCUCCGCAGCGCAGCAGCGCCCGCGUGCUCCGUGUCAGCCUAAGCUGGUACUGGGUUUUUCUGCACCACGUGCAAAAAACACAUGUGAAAUGUGCCAUGAGGUGUUCAAAUCCAAAAAUAUACGCGUGCUAAAAUGUGGGCACAAGUUUCACAAAGGGUGCUUUAAGCAGUGGCUCAAAGGGCAUGGCACCUGCCCCACCUGCCAUGGUGGUACCCUCCUGCCCAAAGGACAGUGAACACCUGCAGCUGCCUCUGCCUGGGUGGACGCCUCACCCUCAUGGCACUGAGAUGAGACCAGUGUCCUCUUGUCCUUAAGAGGGGACAUUUUAAGACUGACAUUGUGUGUCGCAAGGCACCAAGUGGAAACCAAAUGAGCUGCUGUUGAGUCAUUUCCCCUCUGAGUAACUGCUUCAUUGGUGGCCGCAUCGUGGUGUGUACAGCGUGUCCCCUCACCCUUACACCAUUGGCCUCUGCAGAGGGGGCCUGAGCCGGGAGCUUCUCCCAGGAUAGUCAGUGCCUCAAAACGGGACACGGACUGCAAGAAUUCCUGCCCUUGCUAAGUGCCCCAGCUACCCUUCUUGUGUAUGAAAAGUCUUUCUAGUAGCUCUGUAAGCAGAAUAACACUGGCCUUCACGUUGUUUUAUGUGGUUCAGUAUUCCUGAAAAUAUGCCUAUAUUUUCCCUCAGAGUCUGCAUUUUUAAAAUGGGCUUAAGGCAGAGUUUAAUAAUUUGUAGUUAAAAAUAUAUUGGCUGGUGCAGACCAAAAGAUUCAUUCUCUUCAUAAAAUCCCACAUACUUCUGUUGCUUCAUCGUUUUAUUUCCCCCAUAGAUCUUUAGUUCAUUUUUCAUGAAAGAAGUAAUCUGAUUUUUGAAAAUUAGUUGCAAAAUACAUUGUUAGUAUAGAUCUAGCACAACUUUUUUCCCUCAAAUCGAGGAUGUCUUUUUUAAAAAACCGAGGACAUGUGUCCAUCCUGCCAGCUCACUUGGAAUGUUCUCGGAGGACGCACUGCUGUUGCUGUUGGCAGCGACGGGCCCCUGUGCUCCAGGCAGCGAGCGUUGGGCCGUCUGCACCCACAGUGCUGCGCACGCGCGCGCUGUGUAGUACCAGUCACCCAUUUCCUUCCUGAUCUCACCCCGAAAAGCGAAACUUGUGUACUCCAGUCCGAGGCGUGCGUGUUACAGUCGUCCCGUGUUUGACCUUUGUGUAGAGUAAUGCAUGCCGUCCUGUACCGUGGCCCAGAACAACACUGUGCCUGCUUUAAAUGCUAUUUAAAAAUUUGAUGUCUUUUAAUGACCUAAAGACAAUGCUAAAUACAGAAACACAUUCCAUUUUUCUGAACCAGGAAAGGUCACAAGAUGUUUUUCGCUGUGUUCUUUGCCCCACUGAUAAAGUGUGUGAGCAGAAUAGGUCACCUUCCUCCACCUGUGUCCCCAUGAGCUGUGACGUCUUAGUGACUUGACCAUAGACACUUCUUACUCUCAAACACUCUCGCAGCAGCUCCUGAAGCAUCGUCUGCGAAUUUGCUGUGCGUGUACAUCUCGUCGGGGCCAGUUGUAACCGUGCGUGCCGUGUGCCCUGUGCUUACCCGCCAGCCUUGUGAACCUGCCUUAGCUCUCAAUAAAGUGCACCCAAAAGA